AAAACAAAACAAGGAAAUUCAGUUUGAGCGGAAUUACAAUUUACGUACGGGACUCCUGCGUGUCUGCACAAGAUUGGCCGUAGACUGUGCUAGUUUUACAACCAGCGGCCAAAUAUGAGGGCCACCGUUGCAUUUUUCAUCUUGUGCGUGGUCGUUUUGGCCUCUUUCGCGGCCGCGGACAGCAAAAAGAAACUGCAGAUUGGCGUAAAAAAACGCGUUGAAGACUGCAAAAUGCGAAGCCGCAAGGGCGACUUUCUUCACAUGCAUUACACGGGUAAACUCGAGGAUGGAACGGAAUUUGACUCAAGCAUUCCUAGAGGUCAACUCUUCACAUUCACUCUUGGAUCAGGACAGGUCAUCAAAGGAUGGGAUCAAGGACUCCUAGGGAUGUGUGAAGGUGAAAAGAGAAAGCUCGUGAUUCCCUCGGACAUGGGCUAUGGUGAUAGAGGGUCACCGCCAAAAAUUCCUGGAGGAGCAACAUUGAUUUUUGAUGUGGAGCUGGUAAAAUUGGAACGCAAGGAUGAGUUGUGAAGUUUUUUUAAUAAAGUUUGAUUUAAAAACAGCAAA